AUGCUUAGUGCGGCCAAAGAUAUCCUAGAAACCGAGAGCGGCAGCAGCACAAAUGUCACACAUGCAUGUCGGGAAAAGAUUGUUGACCGCCAAUGUCAUGAAUUGUCGACUGGUGCUGUGUUGCUCGCUGAUAUCAUACCUGCUUUAGUAGUUAAAGUUACUGCUCCUUUGUACAUACAAAUGAUACCGUUUGGUCUCCGACAUUUGCUUGUUGUUGUUGCGCAGAUGUUAAGCUUUAUACUAGUCGGAUCUAGUAGUAGUGUUUCUAUGGCUUUAUUAGGGGUUGUCGUUGCCAGUUGGGGUUCUGGUUUAGGUGAGAUUUCGUACCUGGCUCUUGCGUCAUAUUUUGAUGCAAAAGUGAUUUCAAUGUGGUCGUCGGGCACAGGAGGUGCUGGAAUAAUAGGUGCUAUGGCCUAUGCCAUCCUCACUGAUCCAUUAAUGUUACAUUUUUCUCCACAAGCCGCUCUUUACAGCAUGUUGAUUAUUCCAAUGAUAUUCGCCUACACUUAUUGGUAUCUUCUCGAGUUGCCAUCAAGCGUGCACAGAGUGCAUGCUUGCGACCCCAAAACGUAUCUCGUACCAAAUAACUCCGAUUACGUAAUUCGAGUUCGGCAAGUGUCAGGCUCUGACAAUGAGUCGGAAAUCGAGAGACCACUGCUCGAUGGCGAUGACGAAAACGAAGAUGAAAGUAAGUUGGCUACUGAUCUUGAUGUUUGCAUAAAAGGAAAGUGAUA